AAGAACUUGAUUCAUGUCAACAUUAUUUCCUAGGACAGUAUAUUUUUCGAAUCCGUUCACGAUGUGCAUCAGUAAGAGACUAAUUCUCAGCGGGAACUUUCAUAAGUCUCCACUCACUUAAUUUCCCUCCAUAUUCCUUCAUUCUAUACUUGACAAAAUUCCUGGGGCUCUUCUGAAGAAUUAAAAAAAAAUCGCUGAACUUUAAGGGAAUUAGGAAGAUAUUUUAAAAGCGAACGGAAGUGAGGAAACUGGUAUGGAGGACUGGAAUCGGAGUCAUGCGACGGAAGAGGUUGUCGACACUGACCGCGUCUUAUCGUCACUGUCGACGUCGAGGCUGACAAACAGUCUCGCUGACGAAAUUAGUGCGUCCUUGUGUCAGGAUUGUGCAGUGAAGCAACAGCAAAAACGCGGAAAUUGCGGCGUUUUCGAUCGUUCGUUGUCGGAUUCUGUGUUGAGUCUUGUUGGACAGGAGAGAGGAGGAGAAGAAAUGAGUGUCGAUGACGACGCCGACGUGCGAGACUUGGGUGGUGUCGAUUGGCGAGACGGCGGGAAAAAGGCGGCAAACAGGGGUGACCGGAAGAUGCGAGUUCUGGGUUACCAGGAUUUCUCGACUAUGGGAUUCUUACACAAAUCCAAUCUGAGCAGGGAGCAGAUAAGCAAACUGUCUCCAAGUUUCUUGGCAUUCAUGCUGAACUAU